GAGUCGGGACACGGUGGAGCCCCGCGCCCCUCACGGCCCGAGCUCGGCGCUCUUCGGUCGGGACCGCAGGCAUACACCUCUACCCUCGGGUCCGGGACCACAUCUCUCCCCCGACACUUUCCCGGGGCACCCGUUUCCUGCCACCCGUCACCACCAUCGGUGGAUACUGGAGCGUGCGGUCCCCAGCCGGGGGCCCCAGGGCAGCCGAGUGACCGCGGCCGAUAACCCGGGGCUGCCGUCGGGGCGCGGAUUUAUGAAUGGGAGGCCCGCCCCGGCCCCGCCUCGCCCCUUGGCCACCGCCCCUCUCGGGCCGCCCCUCCCUGGCCGCCCGCGCCGUCGGGGCGGUCGCCGGUCGCGGCCGCGGCGAUGGCCCAUCGCCUGUCGCCCGCCGCCCGCCCGCCGCCCGCCGCCAUGAGGCGCGGGGGCCCCGCUGCCAUCGCCGCCUGCCUCGCCGGGGCUCUCGCUGUGCUGGCGGACCGGGGCCGGGCAGUGCCACCGGGACCGGCCGGCGACCCCCCCGCAGCUACGGGCACCUGGAGGGCGACGUGCGCUGGCGGCGACUCUUCUCCGCCACCCGCUUCUUCCUGCGCAUCGACGGCGGCGGCGGCGUGGAGGGGACGCGCUGGAGGGAGCGGCCGGGCACCAUCGUCGAGAUCCGGUCGGUGCGUGUGGGCGUCGUGGCCAUCCGGGCGGUGCACACCGGCUUCUACCUGGCCAUGAACAAGCGGGGGAGGCUCUACGGGUCGAAGGAGUUCAGCCCCAACUGCAAGUUCACAGAGCGCAUCGAGGAGAACGGCUACAACACCUACGCGUCGCUGCGCUGGCGGCACUGCGGCCGCCCCAUGUUCCUCUCCCUCAACAGCAAGGGCAGGCCACAGCGAGGGGGCAAGACACGCCGGCAGCACCUCUCCACACACUUUCUCCCCAUGCUUGUUGGCUGAGCGCCACGAGCAGCUCCGGACAGUCCUGUAGGAAAAAAAACAAGAAAGGAUUCUUUUAUUUAUGUACA